AUGUUUAAGGAGUGCGUAUAUAACGAGUGAAGCGCUCUGGGAAAGCACAGCGCUGCCGGCGACCAGAGCGAAUGUAAUUCCACACGAGCGAAAAGCCUACAUUUAUUGCGGGGGGUAAACUCCUAAGAAGCGGAUGAAGAAACAGAUUUUGCUUCUAUUUACAUUCAGAGGACUUGUAAGAAAGGGGAAAAAAAGUAAAAGAAGAAAAUGUCAAAUUUCAUAUUACGUAAAGCCGAACCCAAGGACGUGUCAGAUAUAUUGCGACUCAUAAAGGAACUUGCGAAAUUUGAAGAAAUGGAGGAGCAGGUCGUCUUGACCGAGAAAGAACUACUCGAAGAUGGCUUUGGGGAUCAUCCUUUCUACCAUUGCGUCGUUGCGGAAGUGCCCCAGGAAAAGCAGAGCUCUGACGGUUAUACUGUUAUUGGGUUCGCCAUGUACUACUUCACCUACGACCCCUGGAUUGGGAAGCUACUCUAUCUGGAGGACUUCUAUGUGAUGGAGCAGUUUAGGGGUUAUGGUAUCGGGUCCGAUAUCCUGAAGCUACUCAGUGAGACUGCUGUGAAGACUCGCUGCAGUAGUAUGCACUUCAUCGUAGCGGAGUGGAACAAGACAUCCAUAGAGUUCUACAAGCGCCGUGGGGCCUCAGACCUGUCUGACGAGGAGGGCUGGAGACUCUAUGCCAUUGAGAAGGAGGACCUGCUAAAGAUUUCUGCCAAGAAGCGCUAAAUUCAGCCAAUGACCACGGAUGACUGAUGGGAACGCCUUCCUGUUUUAUUGUUUUUCUCUUUCUUUUUUAAUACCAUUGUCAUUGUUAGUUUUCUAAUGUAUUUCAAUAAAUAAAUGC